AUGGCGCGCCCGCAGCUGCCGUCGCUGCCCAAGCCCCGCGGGCUCUUCUUCUGGCUGCUGGCCGCCCUCGCCUGGGCUCUGCUGCUGGAGGGACGCCGCGCCGGCGCCGCCCCUUUGCAGAGCAACGACGGAGCGCCCCCCAUGGCCAAGAUCUACCCCCGGGGCAGCCACUGGGCAGUCGGGCAUUUCAUGGGGAAAAAGAGCACUGGCGACUUCCCUUCCCUGUAUGAAGACCAAAACAAGGUGCCCUUUUCUUUGCUGCUGGAUGACGUCAAGCGGCUGGAGGAAGAUCCGCGUUGGGAGGAGAAGGUGAAGAAGCUCCAGCGGCUUCUCGAGGCGAACGACAGCCGAAGCGCUCAGGUUUUCAGGGAAGAAUUGCCGUUUUCCACCAAGAACUCCUGGGAGGUGGAGGAUAACAGCAGCCUUAAAGAUAUGAUGGAUUAUCUGCUGCAAGCGAUGGAGAGGAAAGAAAGUUCUCCAAGCUGAAACAACCGUUCCUUGUUUCCGAAGGCAUGGAAGGAUAUCCUUAAGAGACUGUGGUUUCAUAAGCAUUUCACUGUAUAUGAUGAUUGAUUAAGCCAAACUCUUUUGUGUUAA